GAGAACUGUAUCUGUAUUUAGAACGUGGGUUAUCAUUGCUAAGGCUGUAAUACAGUAAUCUCUUGGCUCUUACGUCUUAAUACCGCACACCUUCAUACACCUUUGGGAGUGUGAAAAAGGAUGAUAAUUGCUCCCUUGUCAUGAAAUGAAACCUAAUCUGUCUCUCUUUCACUCUCUAUUCCAUGAUGCAAGCUGUGCACUCCUCAUCUUUCGACAACUGCUACAGUCUAAUGCCAAUCCCAACCAUCUUACCUUUUCUUUACUCAUCAAAGCGUUCCUCUCUUCCUCUUCUUUUUCUCGUGGAUCACCAACUACGAGGAUACAAGUAAACCAGAUUCCAACCCAGUUGUUGAAACGGGGCAUUGACCAAUUUCUAUAUGUAAACACCGCUCUCAUUGACUUCUACAUGAAACUUGGGUUUACCACUCACGCACGCCAACUGUUUGAAGAUUUGCCUUCUACAGAUGUUGUUUCAUGGAACGUUUUGAUUUGUGGAUAUACACAAAAUGGGCAUCCUCAUGAUGCCCUUCAACUCUUUGUCCACAUGCUAAGAGAGAGUUUCAGACCUAACCAAAUAACAAUUGCUAGUUUGUUACCAUCUUGUGGUCACCGUGAACUUUUCCUUCAAAGUAGAUCUGUUCACGCGUUUGGAAUCAAAGCUGGCCUUGGUUUGGAUCCUCAGUUGAAGAUGGGUGAGAAAAAUGUUAUCUCUUGGAAUACCAUGAUUGGUGCCUAUGGCCAAAAUGGUUUUGAGGACAAGGCAGUGUUGUGCUUUAAAGAGAUGCUGAAGGAAGGUUUGCUACCCAGUCCAGUGACAAUGAUGAAACUUAUGUCAGCUGAUGCAGUUGCAGAAACUGUCCAUUGCUAUAUUAUCAAAUGUGGCUUCACCAGUGAUGCUUCUGUUCAAGGGUUCACUGAUAUGGCGAAAUUGAUUUACGAAUAUUAUCCCACAAAAGACCUGAUUUCAUUAACUGGGAUAAUCUCUAGCUAUUCUGAAAAAGGCGAGGUAGAAUCUGUGGUUCAGGGUUUUAUCCAAACUGUGCAGUUAGACAUAAAACCAGAUGCAGUUGCCUUGAUUAGAGUCCUUCAUGGAAUUAGUGAUCCUUCUCAUUUUGCUAUUGGAUGUGCUUUCCAUGGUUAUGGAUUGAAGAGUGGGCUGAAUAAUGAUUGCUUAGUUGCAAAUGGGUUAAUAAGCACGUAUUCAAGAUUUGAUGAGAUACAAGCUGCUUUGUCUUUGUUUUUUGACAGGAGAGAAAAACCAUUGAUCACUUGGAAUUCUGUGAUAUCUGGCUGUGUUCAGGCUGGAAAUUCAAGUGAUGCCAUGGAGUUGUUCUUCCAAAUGAACAUGUGUGGACAAAAACCAGAUGCAAUUACUAUCACUAGUCUACUAUCGGGGUGUUGCCAGCUUGGGUACUUGCAGAUUGGAGAGACACUUCAUGGUUAUAUCCUUAGAAACAAUUUGAAAGUGGAAGAUUUUACAGUAACUGCUCUAAUAGAUAUGUAUACUAAGUGUGGAAGAUUAGAUUAUGCUGAAAAGGUAUUUUAUAGCAUCAAUGAUCCGAGGGCGAGCCCUGGUGCAGCGGUAAAGUUGUGCCUUGGUGACUUGUUGGUCAUGGGUUCGAAUCCGGAAACAGCCUCUUUGCAUAUGCAAGGUUUAUAUGGACUUGAACACAAAGCUUUCAGUUGUUUUUCUAAACUACAAGAACAAGGACUAGAACCUGAUAAAAUCACUUUCUUGGGAGUUUUAGCAGCUUGCACCCAUGGAGGACUUGUCUAUGCAGGAAUGGAAUACUUUCGUAUCAUGAGAGAAGAGUAUGGUUUGAUGCCAACUUUGCAGCAUUAUGCUUGCCUAGUUGGCCUCUUGGGUCGGGCAGGGUUGUUCAAGGAAGCAAUUGAUAUUAUUAACAACAUGGAAAUUCGGCCUGAUUCUGCUGUCUGGGUAGCAUUGCUAAGUGCUUGUUGGAUUCAACAGGAAGUAAAGCUUGGCCAAAAAUUUGUUUUUAUUGAAUUACAAAAACGGUGGAUUUUAUGUAUUAAUGUCAAAUCUUUAUGCGAUUGUUGGGAGGUGGGAUGAUGUAGCAAGGGUGAGGGGUAUGAUGAGAGACAGUGGAGGAGAUGGAUGUUCAGGUGUUAGUGUUAUUGAAGUGACACCCCUCAGAGACACGAAUAACAACUUGUGCCCGAGUGAGGUCGAUUUCAAUACAAGCAUUUGGCAACAUUUGUGUC